AUGCCAGAGCCAGUGGGAAUUGCCAAUUUGCCUGAUCAAAGGUAUAAGAUUGUCUCGAAAGAGGGUGCUACAUUCACCAUUAUGGUUGCCGGAGAAAGUGGUUUAGGAAAAACAACUUAUAUUAACACCUUGUUCCAAACAUCGCUAAAAUCGCACCCUGACCCCAACCAAAGACACAACAAGUUUACUUCGCCUCAUCAAACAGUGGAGAUUGAUAUAGUUAGAGCCAUUUUGGAGGAGAAGAACUUUAAAAUAAGAUUAAACAUUAUCGAUACCCCAGGAUUUGGUAACAAUGUGAACAACCACGAUUCAUGGGUCCCCAUUAUUGACUUUAUUGACGACCAGCACGAGUCAUAUAUGAAGCAAGAGCAACAACCUUCGAGACUUGCCAAGAAGGAUUUGCGUGUUCAUGCAUGUCUUUAUUUCAUUAGACCUACCGGUCAUUCAUUGAAACCAUUGGACAUAGAAAUCAUGAAGAGAUUGUCCACCAGGGUUAACCUUAUCCCUGUGAUUGCCAAAGCAGAUACGUUGUCACCUAAUGAAUUGGACAUUUUCAAGACACGGAUAAGAGAGAUUGUUGAAGCCCAGGAUAUCAACAUCUAUACCCCACCUUUGGAGUUGGAUGACCCAGCCAGCGCCGAACAUGCUAAGCAGUUGAUUGAGUCAAUGCCAUUUGCCAUUAUUGGUUCUGAAGAAGAAGUUGAAACAGCUCCUGGACAAUAUGUUAGAGGUAGAAAAUACCCAUGGGGUGUUGUUGAAGUUGAAAACGACCAGCAUUGUGAUUUCAAAAAAUUGCGAAGCUUGUUGCUAAGAACAAACAUGUUGGACUUGAUUUUAUCGACAAACGAAUUACAUUUCGAGACAUUUAGAUCUCUCAAGUUGGGUGCUGAAGAAACGGAAAACGGCCCUCAUGCAAACGGUGAUGCUGAAAAUGGAGGUUCUAGCGACGACUUGACUGGAGCGGGAGAUGCUAAAGGCACAACCUCAAGCAGGGGUAAAAAGCCAAGAAGAUUGCAUAAUCCUAAAUUUAAGGAAGAAGAGGAUGCAUUGAAGAAAUUCUUUACUGAACAAGUCAAAGCAGAGGAGCAAAGAUUUAGGCAAUGGGAAACUAAUAUCAUCAAUGAAAGAAACAGAUUGAACCAAGAUUUAGAAGAGAUGCAGUCAAAAUUAAAGGCAUUGGAAGAUCAAGUCAAGAAGUUGCAAAUUGCCAAGCGCUAG